UGUGCUGCCUGCGCCACACUCCAGGCGGCCGCGGCGGUGCUAGCGUUGCGGCUCCCGUGCCACCGUCGCUGGGUCCGCCCCGCCUUCGCCUACCUCGCACUCGCGCUCACCAUCGUCAUCCACUGCAUGUACGCCGUCGCCGUCGCAGCCCGCCUCUUCCUCGUCGACGACCCACAAGACAUGUUCAUCACGAUCUUCUGCACCGUGGCCCUCGUCUUCUUCGUGGCGGGCGACAUCAGCAGCUUCCUGGCCCUCUUCCAUGGAGGUGAGGAGUAGGACUGAGAAGCAGGGCAAGCUGUACGUAAUCGACUAGUAUAUGAUCAGACAUAUAUAAUUCAUAUGCUUAUGCAUGUCCAGCUUCCGCAUAGUCCAUGUUGGUGAAUUGGUACUGCAAGCAGUUUAUAUACAUGAACUCAUGUUUUUUUUUUGCGAGGGAUAUGAACUCAUGUUGUUCCCGGUGUUGAGAACUGCUACUCAUUCAUUCUCUAUGAACCGGUGGCCGGUGUAUCAAUGUAGUCCAUGUGGGUUCCAAAUGUCGGUUUGGUCCGGAUUUUUCCACUCGUGUGAGAUUGUUUAGUACUGUACACGUGCGUGCAUAUCGAUCAUGGGUGCAAUCCUACAUGUCAGCGUGCACACGUGAUGUGCAGUCCUACAUAUCGUUAGCCAUCCAUGGUACAGACUGUAGAGGCAUACUAGCGCUGAUCUUUAGGUCGGAUCGAGCCUCAGUCUCAACUUGGUGAAAUGAUUCAGGA